GCCGUUGGGUAGUUUUCUGAGCCGAAAGUUUUCAGCUUUCCGAAUCGAAAGCCUGUGGCAGCAGCUAGAGAGUAGGCAGGGGCCAUGGAGGGAGCGGAGAACCCGAAAUCGGAGCCGCUCUCGGUCUGUCCGAGAAGCAGCAACCCGAGCAAGGACCUGGGAAAAAGAAAUUUGCAUGGAGCUUCAUUAGAUGAUGCAGACUGUCUAUGGCCUAAAGAAUUCAUUACUUCUGGAAGUAGGCAGACUACCCAUUCCAAGGUGGGCCGCCAUAUUCCUCGAAGACAUACUGUAGGUGGCCCUCGGAGUUCCCAAGAAAUUUUGGGAAUGCAGCCUUCUGAUAUGGACAAAAAAAGAGAAGCAUUUCUGGAGCAUCUGAAGCAGAAAUAUCCCCACCAUGCAUCUGCAAUCAUGGGCCACCAGGAAAGAUUGAGAGACCAGACAAGGAGCCCAAAGCUAUCUCAAAGCCCGCAGCCCAGCUUGGGAGAUCAACUUGAAUAUUUGUCAGAGGUAUCUGUUGACUCUUUGGAAGUCAUGUCAGAAGCAGAGCCCCUGUCUCCUUUUUCAAGGGGAAGCCGUACUCGAGCAAGUCUUCCAGUCGUAAGAACAACAAAUCAAACAAAAGAAAGAUCUCUUGGAGUUCUAUAUCUUCAGUAUGGGGAUGAAACUAAACAGCUAAGGAUGCCCAACGAGAUUACAAGCACAGACACUAUCCGUGCCCUGUUUGUAAGUGCCUUUCCCCAACAACUGACAAUGAAAAUGUUGGAGUCUCCAAGUGUGGCAAUAUAUAUCAAGGAUGAGAGCAGAAAUAUCUAUUAUGAAUUAAGUGAUGUCAGGAAUAUUCAAGACAAAUCUUUCCUUAAAGUUUACAACAAAGAUCCUGCCCAUGCUUUUAAUCACAUGCCCAGAGCAAUUAAUGGAGAUGUAAGGAUGCAGAGAGAAAUCUUCCAAAAUACUUCUCGGCCAGGAUCUGUUUCACAUCCUCCUCAUGCACUUCCAACCUCCCCUCCUCCUACACCAGUGCCACAUUCAAUGCCCCCUUCUCCAUCUCGGAUCCCAUAUAGCAGUGUUAGGCCAGUCAGUGGCCCUGGCAAUGCAACCAUUCCCCGAGACAGGCUUUCUAACAUGACUGCACCACGGUGCAUCUCACCGAGCCCUAGUGCCAUCUUGGAAAGGAGGGAUGUGAAACCAGAUGAAGACAUGGGCAACAAGACCCUUGCUCUUUUCCGAAAUGAGGGGCUCUAUGCUGAUCCCUAUUUGUUCCAGGAGGGCAGGAUGAGCAUUGCAAGUUCACAUACAGGACAUCCUCUUGAUGUACCCGAUCACAUCAUUGCCUACCAUCGUAGCACAAUGAGAUCUUCAGGCACUUACUGCACUCCUCCUAUGCAAACUGAACUUGUGGAGCAAUCACUGUAUCGACAAAAAUCAAGGAAAUAUCCUGACAGCCAUUUGCCAACUCUGAGUUCCAGAACGCCUCCUGCCUCUCCUCACCGAGUGGCUGACAUUCGAAUGGUAGACAUUCAUACACACCAUAACACCCAAGUGUCACCGCAUACCACUCACCUUGACAGGUCAUCCCCUGGACGACAGUCUCUCAAGAAGGAUCCAGGGACUCCUGUCUUUGUAGAAGGGAAGGCUCGAAAUGCCCUAGGUUUAUCUGGCAUGGCUGAGGUGGCCCCUGUCAUUCCUGACAAGAAAGUUUAUGGCUAUGGAACGGUGGUAAUACCAAAAGAGAAUGAAACCAGAGAGAGGAUGCAAGCCAUGGAAAAACAGAUUGCCAGUUUAACUGGCCUUGUUCAGUCUGCGCUUUUAAAAGGGCCAAAUACAAGUAAUAGCAAAGAUCCUUCUAGUGAGAAGAUGGUAAAAACUGUAACUAGUCAGAGCAGUGCUGAGAAGUCAGGAUCUGCUCAUGACUUCACUGGGAAGAAUUCAUUAGCAGGAGUUGAGAUUACCAGUAAAAGCAUCCGCCACUCUAUCCCAGCAAACGCCACAGCCAUGCAAUUCAGUCUCUUUGACAUGAAACGCAACAUGUCGGAUCUCCGUCUCCAACUUCUGCAGAUGAGGCAGCUACAGCUGCAGAAUCAGGAGACGCUAAGAGCCAUGAUGAAGAACGCGGAACUGGAGAUCAAUGACAAAGUGAUGGAAAGAGCCAAAAGAUUGGAAGACCCCGUGCAACGCCAGCGCCACCUGGUGGAACAAGAAAGACAGAAGUACCUUCAUGAGACAGAAAGGAUUGUGAGGAGCUUAUGUGAGCUAGAAAGUUUUGUUGAAGAUCUGAAGAAGGAAUCUAUCACAUGUAACAGGAUAGUGACACUGAAAGAUGUUGAAGAUGGAGCUUUCCUCCUGCGGCAAGUUGGAGAGGCAGUUGCCACCCUCAAAGGUGAAUUUCCAGUAUUGCAGAAUAAAAUGCGAGCCAUUCUCCGUAUCGAGGUGGAAGCUGUGAGAUUUUUAAAAGAAGAGCCUCAUAAACUAGAUCUCUUACUGAAGAGAGUCCGCAGCAUGACAGAAACUCUGACCACACUCCGGAGGCAUGUUACAGACAGUUUGCUCAAAGGUGUGGAUCCAUCACAAGCUGCCCAAUAUAAUGCAAUGGAGAAGGCCACUGCAGCAGAAGUUCUGAAAAACCAAGAAGAACUCACCAACAGCCACCCUUCUUUGCAGCAAAAUGUUGCUGAACCCCCAGCAGAAACGUCGGCUAGAUCUGAAAUGUUUCCCGUCUCCACUGUGACAGUGCACCAUGUGCAAAGCUCUCCAGUGGUCACCCACCAGUCUCAGCAUUCAUUCACAUUGGUCAGUCAUGUCCCAAAUUCUCCUCUGACCAACAGCCUGGGGGCAGGAACAAUUACAUCAAGCUCUCCAAGCUCCGUGGAAUCAGCGGCAGUGACCACAGUCAAUACCCAGCAAAUACAGGCGCCUCAUUCACCCCCUUUUACAGUGAACAACAACAUGCAAAGUCUUUUUAUUGAAGAACUUCACAAUGCCAGUACAAGGAACAGAGCUCUCUCGAUUGAGAAAGCAGAGAAGAAAUGGGAAGAGAAAAGGCAGAAUCUGGAUCACUACAAUGGGAAAGAAUUUGAAAAACUCCUAGAAGAAGCACAAGCAAACAUCAUGAAGUCAAUCCCAAAUCUUGAGAUGCCUCCACAAGCAGCAGGCUCACCCAAGACUGAUGCGGCACAAGUAUCUGAAGACAGUCCAAAAACAGAGCAGGAGCUGGAAAAGGCAAUGAAGUCUCCACCUCCUCCACCUCCACGGCGAAGCUAUUUGCUAGGAUCUGGAUUAAGCACAAGACUGAGUGAAGUCAGUUAUACGGCCAGGAAAGAGAACCCUCUCUCCAAGGAAAGCAGUGAAGACUCUGCUCAAGGAACACAGUCCAAACUCUUCCCAGAAAAGAAUGCCUCUCCUCAAUCAGUGAGCACACCAACAAAGGAUGAAGAGGAAGAAGAAGGAGAUAAAAUAAUGGCAGAAUUGCAGGCAUUCCAGAAGUGUUCUUACAUGGAUAUAAACUCAAACAGUCAUGCUGAACAGUCCAGAAAUGACACACACAUAAAAGAUGCAAGGUCUGUGGCCUUAACGCAUCCUAAGGAGAAGAAGGUGGAUGGGGAGGCCACAAAAGAUAGUGACCAUCCCAAGGACAAGACUGAAGGGAGAACAGAGGCCAUGAUCUCAGAUGCUUUCAGCAUCAUUGAAAACUCUGCCCUUAGGCCAGAGUCGCUUUUGGAAAAUAAGGAUUAUGCCAACAAAAAUUCUCAUAAGCCAAACACAAACCUCUCUAGUAUAUUAGAAAAUGAAGGAAAGCAACGGCCUGAAGAAACACAAGACCCAGCAGUAGAAAUUGGAAGACAAACACUAAAUUAUGUUGUGGUGAGAGAGACUGGUCAUAGCACAUCCCCAAAUGAGUGCCUGGAAGAUGCAGAGGGACCUCUUGUUGGACAGACAGAUUCAUACACUCAAGAAAUGUCUUUAGUUUCUCCAUCAACACAAGAACAGGAAAGGCCAGUGAGUGCCUAUAAUCAAAUUUUACUAAGGCAUAAAGUAUCUAAGAAUGUCACCUUAAAUGACGUUGAUGAAGUAGAGUCACCAGCUAGCACUCCAGAUGAGGAGAGUCCACAAUCGGAGAACGUUGCUUUCAUGAUUACUAGAACAGCUGUCCAUUUUCUGUCAGGUGGAGAGGUUCACGAUAUAGUGAACAAGAAGGGAGACGAUGUACAGACUGUGAACAUUGAUUCCAAGAAGGAGGCAGCAUCUCAGCAAGGCAUGCAUGAGACUCUUAAAAGUGAAGAGCCAGUGGUUUGCUUGGACAAAAAACCAGUCAUCAUCAUUUUUGAUGAGCCAAUGGAUAUCAGAUCAGCUUACAAAAGACUUUCAACAAUAUUUGAGGAAUGUGAUGAAGAGUUGGAAAAAAUGAUGACUGAAGAAAAAAUAGAGGAAGAAAAUGAAGAACUUGACACAGCUGAUGAUGCUCACUAUGAAGAAGCUACUGAGGCAAAUAGGAUGCGGGUUGUGGAGAAAUCCAAGCAACAUUCAGCAACCCAAGUUCUACAAUCUGAAAGGCAGGAGAUGGACAAAAGGGUGCAUCAGAAAUCUAGUUACAUUUAUGGAUCAGAACCAAAGUUGGAUGUUCCUGAUGCUAAGAAAAAAUUUAAGUUUAAGUUUCCAAAAAAACAGCUAGCUGCUCUCACUCAGGCAAUCCGCACAGGAACAAAAACUGGCAAGAAAACUUUACAAGUAGUUGUGUAUGAAGAAGAGGAGGAAGACGGCACUCUAAAACAACAUAAAGAAGCAAAAAGAUUUGAAAUACCUAGUUCUCAAUCGGUUGACACUUCUGAGAAAUCAGAACCAAACACAGUUGUCCAGGCAUCUAGAACUGAAGAAAUCAGGAAAAAUACGUACAGGACUCUAGACAGCCUGGAACAAACUAUCAAACAGCUAGAGAGCACCAUUAGUGAGAUGAGUCCAAAGCCAGUUUUUGAAACCACUGGCCAAUCAGAGGGGCCUCCUGGCCUAGGCUUUUUCUCACCCAAAGAAUCCAUAGUGCUGGAAGAGAGCAAUGCUGAAGUUGAAUCCCUUCCUUCAAUACCAUCAUCUUCACGAAAGAGUUCAACCAGCGCUUCACAGACAAGCAGGAUGCCAAUCCCUGCAGCCACAAAAAGUAGGCAAGGAAGUGUGGACAAGACCAUCAAACAGCACAAGCUACAGGAUCAACGCCAGUACAGACAGGCUAAUGGAAGUGCUAAGAAAGCUGGUGGGGACUAUAAAGCUAUUUCCCCUACUCUGUCCGCCUCAAAAAUUCCAGCCUUUUCUUCCACUUCUGGAAAAAGUAGUUCUGUGUCUAGUGGUGAUAGCACUAACUUUCCAAACCUACCCACUAAAGCCUCUGUUCCUCCUAACUCUCUCAGUCCUCCAACAGGUCGCCCUACCCAUUCUUCCUCCUUAAUCCCUUCUGUUGCUAACGGUUCCUUAAAGUUCCAGAAUCCUACUCACACAGGUAAAGGCCACCAUCACCUUUCAUUCUCCAUACAGACUCAAAAUGGCCGCCCAACCCCUCUUCCUCCAUCUCCCUUUUCCUCAGCCUCCUCCUUCUCUCCCUCUUCCACCUCUACCACAUCACCGAACCAAGGUAUGAAGAGCAUUCGAUCAAUCCACACACCCAGCUUUACCAGCUACAAGUCCCAGAAUGGAAGUGUCAGCAAAGCCAGUCCAUCUUCCGCCAUCAGCAAAGAACCAUCUUAAAAGUGAUACCUGGGCCUGUGCAAGUUCACCAAUCUUCCUAAGAUGCUGAUGACGUUGCAACCAGUCUCACAGCUGAGGAUUGUUACCCAUCUUGCUGUGUCAUUUCAGGCUGAAUACUAAACUUGUGCUAAAUACUAGGGUAAUAAUUAGUUGUAAAAGUAGUUUUUAAGCAGUCAUUGCUGGUGAAACAGCCGAGGGGAUUAUACAUGGGGCACAGAUUGUCCUUUAACUAGAAACCGUUACAAAGUUGAGACGGGUGUGAGUGGCCUGGAAGUGUGUGCACAAAAAUGUAUCAAGCAUGAAAAACUAUUUAAGAAGCCUGUGGUUUUGUAUAAAGCUAUUUUUAAGUACAAGAAUUAAAGCAUCAUGCAAUAAUGCGAAGAUUGUAAAAUUGAAACUAAAAUAUUUUUCUUUUAUUUUGGAGUUAAUUCAAAUUUGUUAUAGAUUUCUAUUUUUGUCAACAGAGAAAACCAUCAUGGUUACUUUCAAAUUUCUUUUGUCAAAACAUUUGAUACAAUUAUAAUGUACAUUUGAUAGUAGAAUGCACAAACACAAAGCUAAGACAGACACUGAUGAGGCAAUUUUAUUGCACUGCCAUUCAGAUUAUAUUUAAUAAUUUGCCAUGCCAGCGGGAUGGGCAGUUGCUUUUACUUUAUUCGCUAAUUCCUUUUAGCUAAGCUGCUCUUUCUUCUUUUUCCGUAUUAAUGAGACCUGGAUAAACUAUGUAAUAUUACAAUGUGGAUUUUUAAAGUGUAUACUUCUGUACUGCUCUGUAUAAUGGAAAAACCUUUGUACAUAUUAUAAUAUAAAUAUUAUAAAUAUAAAUACAUAAAUCUAAACACUGUAUGUGGCUGGGCACAUCGAAUAGUUUUCAACACCAAAGGUCAUUUUAUGCAUGGUCAAAAGUUGGAAAAUGUUUAAUGUGGGAAAAAGAUUGAGGAGGGUUUUAGAAAUCAGUAUCUGUAAAACUAGAGUGCGCUUUUGUAAAUAUCUUGUUUAUACAACUCCUUGGUAUAAUAUACAGAAGUAAAAGAAAAACCCUUUGCAAAAAUAAAGGGCUGCAUGCUUACAUUUUGGUA